AUGCCGUCCGCGGAGGGAAAACCUCCCUGCCUCCGACACGCUUGGGUGGAUUUUCAGGUUAAGCCCUGUGCAAAAUGGACCCGGGAAGCACAGUCUUUUGUAACUCAAAUGUACCUGACCAUAAACUGCUCUUCUUGGAAGAAAACAGGCUGCUUCGGAGUGACACAAAAGCGAUGGGGCACUGAUGGUCAGAGGACAUGCACAGGGCUUCAGCGGGAGAGUGCUGCAGAGAGAAAAUCGAGCUCUACCAAGGAAUCUCUGUCAUCAAAAAAUACAAAAUUGAUUUCACCGAUGGUCAUUUCGCAGAUGAUUGAUGAGAAUAAAUCAAAAGAAAAUUGGUCCACUUUGCCUAUGCAGUCUAUGAUCACCCAGCCCAGCGCUUAUCACACGAAGCAAUUUUUGGAUAACCAUGGUUCAGUCAACAUUAACAGAGCAUUUACGGUACUUCCCAGCAGAUUAGAAAUUCAGGCAUCUUUAGAUGACACCACGUCUCCAUCGGACUAUCCCAUCACAGAGGGAAAACGGUGUCAAAACCAGCAGAAAGGUUUUGCCUCCAUCACUGUUACAGCCAGGCGUGUUGCUGCAGGCUCCAGCGACCCAGCACGUGGAGCUGGGGCUGUGCAAGAACCCAACGCCGUGUCCCCCACCUCAAGCAAAGUCCCUGCUGCUCUCCGUCGCUGGCCUCCACCAGGCCACGCAAACCAAAAUGUCUCUCUGUUAAAGAUUUCUGAAUCUUGCUCACAAUUAUGCAAAGAGCCACGAAAGCGGAUUUUUGACUCUGGAAACAAGGAGAGCGGCGUGGGUCUUCAAAGUAGUGAUGGGAGAGAGAAAGUACCACCUUCAUUCAUCUCCUGUGUCCACCUUCGGGUUUCUCAGCAGUGUCCAAAUGCCAUCUAUUACUUAGACAAGUCGCUCAACGUAUGCAUUGACCAACCUCGAAUCGAAUGCCAAAAAAUUCAUAGAGCAGCGUUGUCCUUCAAGAUAAAUUGCAGUUCGUCCCGAUUAACAGCAGAUGGAGUAGAUGGCAUAGCUAAUGGAGAGCCAAUAGGGGAGAUAGUUAAGACAAAGCUCCGAGGAGAAAACAAGACUCCACUCAGAUCAAACUGGCGUGCAGACUUAACAGAAAAUAGUGUAAUUAAGAGAGAGACAACAAAUGGAGGCUAUUUGGGUUUUAAACACCCUUUGCAAAGUGUCUUUGUCUCUGAACUUCCAGUGUUUGUGGAUAUACCCAGAGGACCCAAUAAGGUAGUAACGACAAAGAAAGAUGAUGAUAAGCAAUCUGGCAGCCAUCACACUACAUUUUCUCUCCAGCUUCCUAAUUCAAGUGAUGGGGCAGGAACACAAAUGUCGGGAAGCAAGAAGCAACAAUGCACCAUGGGCAAGAGCAGCAGCUCAACAGACUUUGGCUCUCUUCUAGACACAGCAUCCGGAAAGUCAAUCACUGCUGCUACUGAUGGCUCAUCAAAAAAGAGAGAUCCCUCCAAAGGCACCUCUAAAUCCAAAGAAAUCCAAGUGCAGGGCAUCCUGAAACCAAAAAUGUCUGUCUCCAAUAGUAUGUGCAAUAUAAAAGCUUCAUCAAGAAUCCUCUCGGAAGAAAACAUUCACAGGCAAAACCAGCUCCUAAAAAGUGAUUACGAAUUCUGUGGUUCAAGUGACAAACUGAAGGAGGGCGAGGAGGAGGAGGAGGAGGAGUGGGAGCGAGGCAGCAGGGCAAUGCCACCCGUGCCGCGCUUGCUGGGAG